AUGCAGCUUUGGAAGAUCACCGCAGGAGCCUUGUGCGCUUUAAAGUUUGUAAUCGCUCUAGAUUGCAAAUGUGCACCAGGCGAUCCUUGCUGGCCAUCAGAUGAAACUUGGUCAUCUCUCAACGAAACAUUGUCCGGAAGACUCCUGAAAACAAUUCUUGCUCCUUCAGUCUGCUACAAGGACCAGCCAAACUACGAUGCAGCUGCUUGCAAAACUGUCAUAUCGAACUGGUCCACUCCGGCCUUUCAUUCUUCGGACCCUGUCAGCGUUCACUCCCCAUGGUUCGCGAACAACAGUUGUAAUCCAAUUUACGAAAACGGUACCAGCACAGCUGGAGAUGCAUUAGCAGGCUCUCGGGGUUGUAGUUUGGGCAAAUAUCCCGCAUACUCUGUCAACGUGAGCCGAGCCGAGGAUGUUCAGGCCGCUGUAAAGUUUGCCGCUGAGCACAACUUGCGCUUGAACGUAAAGAAUACGGGUCAUAACGGCGCCAAGAGCACCGCAUUUGGAAGUUUGUCUAUCUGGACGCAUAACCUGAAGCAACAUGAAUUUCACAAAGAAUUCGUGCCGACAUGCCCUAAUGGCAACUCUAGCAACGUUUCAGACCAAAUGGCCGUGACAUUUGGUGCGGGCAUCCAGGACGAUGAAGCCUUCAAGACUGCUGCUAAGUACGGAGUAGCUGUUGUUGGCGGAACAAAUGCGGACGUCGGCCUUGUAGGCUGGGCAACCGCUGGCGGCCACGGUUGGAUGACUAGUGAAUACGGAAUGGGGGCAGACAGCAUUGUUGAAGCCACCGUUGUCACACCCGGUGGUGAAAUUGUCACAGCCAACGAGUGCCAAAAUUCCGAUAUCUUCUGGGCUGUUCGCGGCGGCGGUGGCGGCACUUUUGGUGUCAUCACUGAGCUAACGGUUAAAGCCCACCCUAUGCCGCAAGCAACAGUUUGGACUAUUUCUGUAACGAAGACUGACAACAGUACCUUCAAGAGCUGGUGGUCUCUCGUAGCUGAGCUUCACAAUCAGCUUCCGGCCCUUAAGGAGGGCGGCUUCCAGGGUUUCUAUACCAUUGGAGGCCCUCCGUCCUACGAUUCACUAACGUUUUAUGGUUUCUUCUUCCUCUAUAACAAACCCAAUGGAACAGCGGAAGCGCUCACCAAAUCGUUCUUGUCCAUUCUGGAGGGUGCCGCUUCUACGGCCACACACGAGUCAAACGUGAUAUGGUCUCGUGAUUGGAUCAGCGUAUACAACUCCCUACCGAUGGCAGCGCUUGGUGGUGCUGGAGGUGGGGGUGGCGCAACGGCUUCGAGACUUCUCCCUGCUGCGCCCCUCACCAACAACACGCAAGAGCUUGCUAAAAUUCUCGAAGCCGUAGGACCUCGACCUGAAGGGCCUGUGGGUGGGAUUUCCAAUCCAACUAUCGCUGGUGGUAUGAUUGCGAGCAAGGUACCCGUUGACAACGCUCUUAACCCUGCAUGGAGGGACGCAGUCGUCCACUUUUAUGUUACUAGGGGUUGGGACGAUUCCGCCUCAUACCCCGAAGUUACUCAUGUGUUCGACGACAUGACAAACAGAGUGGGCGAUGCCCUCCGUAGCCUGGCGCCGGAAUCUGGUGCUUAUAUCAAUGAGGCUAGUUUGCAUGAACCCAACUGGCAACAAACUUUCUGGGGUCGUAACUAUGUUCGACUGCAAGAGAUAAAGAAGAAGCUCGAUCCUGAGUCCCUUCAGUGGUGUCCUCGAUGCGUUGGAAGUGAGGAUUGGAUCGAGCUCAUGGACGGCCGGCUUUGCCGCGCCUCCAGUCAAUGA